AUGCCAAGUGAUGUGACUCGCCCGAUUUCCCAGGACAGCGUACAAGAUACGGUUCUGGUGCCUCCUUUAAACUUUGCUAUAGUAUCUCCUGGAGUAUAUCGAUCAGGACACCCCAACAGACAAAACUUUCCUUUUCUCAAAAAGUUGGGUCUCAAGACAAUAAUGUACAUGUCAUCCGAUGACUUUAACGAAGAACUGCAUCAGUUUGUAACCGAACAGGGAAUUCAAGUAUUUCAUUAUAAAUUAGCGAGGAACAAGGAACCAUUCGUUGAGAUCGAACAAAAGGAUAUCAGCAGUGCGUUAGUAAAAGUGCUCGGCAAACACAGGAUAGGUUGCCUUAUAGGUUGUCUAAGAAAAUUACAAAGAUGGUCAAUGACCUCUAUAUUUGACGAAUAUCGGCGGUUUGCAGGAACGAAAGUCCUUGCUGAUCAGGAAUUUAUUGAGAUAUUUUCUGAGCCUGUUCCGUAUGAUCCAAGGCAUAAACCGGAAUGGUUGUAA